AAAAAGUUUUCGUCGAAAACAGCAUUUAACUAAGCACAUGAUGAUUCACACAGGUGAAAAGCCGUUUUCAUGUGUGAACUGUGGAAAGAGAUUUAGUCGAAAAGAUGAGUUAACUAAGCAUAUGAUGAUUCACACUGGUGAAAAGCCGUUUUCAUGUGUGAACUGUGGAAAAAUUUUUAGUCAAAAACAGAAUUUAACUAAGCACAUGAUGAUUCACACUGGUGAAAAGCCGUUUUCAUGUGUGAACUGUGGAAAAAUUUUUAGUCAAAAACAGAAUUUAACUAAGCACAUGAUGAUUCACACAGGUGAAAAGCCGUUUUCAUGUGUGAACUGUGGAAAGAGAUUUAGUCGAAAAGAUGAGUUAACUAAGCAUAUGAUGAUUCACACUGGUGAAAAGCCGUUUUCAUGUGUGAACUGUGGAAAGAGAUUUAGUCGAAAAGAUGAGUUAACUAAGCAUAUGAUGAUUCACACUGGUGAAAAGCCGUUUUCAUGUGUGAACUGUGGAAAGAGAUUUAGUCGAAAAGAUGAGUUAACUAAGCACAUGAUGAUUCACACUGGUGAAAAGCCGUUUUCAUGUGUGAACUGUGGAAAAAGUUUUAGUCGAAAACAGCAUUUAACUGGACACAUGAGAACUCAUACAGGUGAAAAGCCGUUUUCAUGUGUGACCUGUGGAAAAAGUUUUAGUCACAAACAGAAUUUAACUCGGCACAUGAUGAUCCACACUGUUGAAAAGCCUUUUUCAUGUGUGAACUGUGGAAAAGGUUUUAGUCAAAAACAGGAGUUAGCUCAGCACAUGAUGAUUCACACCAGUGAAAAGCCAUUCUCAUGUGGGAACUGUGGAAAAUGUUUUUAUCGAAAACAGUAUUUAACUCAGCACAUGAUGAUUCACACUGGUGAAAAGCCGUUUUUAUGUGUGAACUGUGGAAAAAGUUUUAGUCGAAAACAGCAUUUAACUCAGCACAUGAGUGUGACACUCAGCAUUGUCGAGUACCAAGGUUAA